GGUAUCCUGCUCUUUUUGUGCUCAGCAGAACAUUUUAAAGCAACAUUCUCUGCUUAAGAAAUUGGGCCCUGGAAUUGUUCAUUUCUUUUGUUCACUUGGUGUGUGGAGGCCUAUUCAAAAAAACAUGUGCAGUCAGUCUCUGCCUUUGUGUGUGGAGUCCCAUUAAAAAAACACAUGUGCAGUCAGUCUGCUGGAUGUUGUGCAUGAGUAAGGUUGUACUGGUAUUUGGUGGAGGGCUGUGUAGGUUUUGUCAAGGCAUUGCCAGAGAUAACCCAGGUGCUAUGACCCAAUUUCAGAAGCCUGACACUUGAGGGCGCUGUUUAAGAUAAGCGUAUGAAACUUUCACUGAAAGAUGGCGCCGAACUCAAAUCAGAGUGAAUGGCGAUUGCUUCGCUAUGCACGAUUCAUCCGCUCUACUUCUUCUACCGUGCAGACCUCCGUCCAACAAGUGUGCAAGGAAGGGGAGAAGCAACCUGAAGGGACGUGGAAGCAUCAAUCAUGGAGUGAUUCCGAGCCAUUGAUUCUUUCCAUUCAAGAUUCAAGUCAUCUCCUCAUUACUAGAGGCAAACUCAUCCUGGAAAGUCAUCCUCUGUUUGAUGCUGAACAUUACUUAAAAGCGGCUGCAAAAGGAGACUGUGUUCUCUUCCUUCAAAGAAUAAAGAAUGAGUGCAGAAAGUUCCGUGUGAAAUUCAGACAAGACUCUUUCUCAUCUACUCUGGUGGCCUGCGCUGAUUGUCUGACCAUUCUCCGCUCAUUUAUAAAAGUCCAAGAAGAACCUGUGUCUCCAUCUCAGAAUGCCACAAGAGACAGACAGACGCUACAGGGAGAAGUAUCACUAGGACUGGUUGCUAAGGUAGUAACUGGGAGUGCGACCUUUGACCUCCCAGCUGCCUACCACUAUGAUCAAUCAUCCUGGACAGAAGACCAACUCAACGAUGCCGUCCAUCUCUGCCUCUCUGAUCCAACAUUUCCCGCCUUCGUUGAAUCAGUCGAGAAACAACUCAAGAAAAUUAUAACAGAAGGAUGAAAAAGAGGUAUGUUGUGAGGUGUGGAUUGCUUUUGACAUCGUCAGACAUUUUGUUUAUUACCUUUGUUUUCUAUCAUAGAUCUAUCUUCCUUCAAGUACAGAUCCUCUUAGAAGUUCGGAGACUCCCGAGUAAUAUCGUACUAUAUGCGUUGCAAAGGGUGCAGGUACGGGAGCACGUAACUAGUGACGAUACGAACUGGAUGAUGAAGGGGGGGGGGGGGCGAGUUAAAAAAAAAAGGCAACAGCAAUAUUUAGAUCAGCCGCAGUGGCAUCAAUCGGCCCCUGAAAACUUCCUCCCAUCUAAACCAGGGUGCAAACUUAACACUUGAUCACGGGCCCAAGACUUUAGUUCUAGCCAGUAAACUCACUGUGACCAGGCAAGCCCGGGGCGGUCUUUAGUUGAAUAUUACAGGCUUGUAUUUUUAUCUUUGAGGGGACAAGGCUAUUAUUGUUUUGAAAGGGGCAUUUCCAUUGGAAAAUCUCAAAGUUAGUGAGAAACUUUUGGCCAAGACCACUGACAACAGAGUUCAUAAUGUCCUUGUAAUUCAAGACCUGAUAAUAAUACCUCAGUCUUUUAAUAUUGUUUUGAAAUGUUGAUGUAAGAUAAAAUAUCUUUAAAGGCAGUGGACACUAUUGGUAAU